GGUAAUGCCGAACUGAUACUCUUCCUUGGGCUUUGGGCUGAUGGGCCGUCACUGCUAUUGGGCUUAUUUAGUCCGUACUCCAUCAGGUACCAUUCCUUCUGGAAUAGGGUACCUCCUCCAUUUGAUGGUUCUUGAUUUGUCCAAUAAUCUACUCUGUUCCCAACUGCCUCUUUCACUGGAAAAUCUCACUAACUUAGAGGUUCUCGACAUUUCUUAUAACUAUGACAUUUAUGGUGUCAUUCCACCUGAAAUAGGUAGCUUAUCCAAACUUACUCGUCUCGAUUUGUCAUCCAAUCAACUCCAUAGUGAUCUGCCUCUUUCACUGCCAAAUCUCACUAACUUAGAGGUUCUUGACAUGUCUAAUAACCAUGGCAUUUAUGGGGUCAUUCCACAUAACAUAGGAAGUUUAUCCAAACUAACUCAUCUCGACUUGUCAUACAAUUCACUCAAAAGUGAGCUGCCACUUUCACUAUCAAAUCUCACUAACUUAGAGGUGCUUCUCAUUUCUUCUAAUAGCCUUUUCGGUGCCAUUCCUUCUAGAAUAGGGUACCUUUCGCAUUUGAAUGCUCUUGAUUUGAGCUUCAAUGACAUCAAUUGCUAUCUGCCUGCAACUAUGACCCAGUUAACAAUAUUGGAAAUCUUGAAAUUGGAUAGCAAUAGGUUGGAAGGUGUUUUUGAAGCAGGAAUACACAUGCUUCCUCGUAUCAAAACCAUAGGCCUCAGUGCGUGUUCAAUCGGAGGAAGGAUACCUUCUCAGUUGGGAAAUGUUGGUAAUGCACAGUUUCUCAAUAUCGAUCUUUCUAGGAACCAACUUAUUGGUGAAGUCCCUGAAUCUAUUUCAAGUCUUGAGAGAAUCGAUUUGUCCUACAAUAAUUUAGAAGGUGAGAUUCCAGCCAACUUAUGGCGUAAGUUUGGGAUCGAAUCGUUCCACGGAAACACCAAUUUACAUCCUCCGGAGGAAUUUUCCUCCAGGAUUACUGUGGAAAUGAUUUAUUAUCUAAUCUUUGUGUUUUUUAUAUUAUGUGGGAUCUAUUUCAUCUUCUUCACAAGGGAUAGGAAAGGUGCCUCCUCCUCAGUGACACCUCAUCCCAAACAUGGAGAUAUAUUCAAGAUUUGGAACUUCGAUGGCAACAUGGCAUAUCAAGACAUCAUUGAAGCAACACAAGACUUUGACUUGAGAUACUGCAUUGGAACUGGAGCAUAUGGAAGCGUCUAUAGAGCUCUACUGCCCACUGGAAGAGUUGUUGCCGUGAAAAAACUUCACAGAUUUGAAGAAGAUAAUCCUACCUUCGAAUCAUCUUUUAGGAAUGAAGCACAGGUUCUCUCUCAAAUUCGCCAUCGCCAUAUUGUCAAGCUUUUUGGCUUUUGUCUGCACCAACGGAGCAUGUUUCUCAUCUACGACUACAUGGAAAGAGGAAGCCUCUUUAGUGUGUUGAGGGAUGAAGACGAAGCUGUGGAGCUAAACUGGAAGAAGAGGGUAAAUGUGGUGAAGGGCAUUGCCAAUGCCCUAUCUUACAUGCAUCACGAUUGCAGCCCUCCUAUUCUACACAGAGACAUAUCGAGCAGCAACAUACUCUUGGAUUCAGAAUUUGAAGGUUGUUUAUCUGAUUUUGGGACGGCUAGAUUGUUGGAUCCAGAUUCAUCCAAUCAAACAAUACUCGUGGGAACUCGGGGCUACAUUGCACCAGAGUUGGCCUUCACUAUGGUGGUUACAGAAAAAUGUGAUGUGUACAGCUUCGGAGUGUUGGCAUUGGAAGUCAUGUUUGGAGAUCAUCCGGGGGAUUUCGUUUCCUCCAUGAUGACGACGAAGAGAUCCACACAGUUUGCUCAAAACUUGAUGGUGCAACAACUCUUGGACAAGAGGCUACCAUCUCUAGAGGAAGAUGUAAGAAUGUCGAGGGAAGUGAUUGCAGUGGUCAAAACAGCUCUGAAAUGCAUAAGCUGUGAUCCAAAGUCACGGCCGUAUAUGAAGGAGGUGUCUCAGGAACUCGCUAAGCACCCACCGCGGUUGACAAUGCCAUUCCGCUCCGUAUCUGUGCUAGAUCUCAUGCAUUCAGGUUGAACUCACAGCUGUCUUAUUCCCUAUAAUAAAUUUACACAUGCUCAGUAGCCAUAUGAAAAUACCUCUGUUUUCCUCUGUUUCCUUAGUCUUUUCCUUCUUCGUGAACAAUGCUGUGAUAUUUUCUAUAAUCAUCAUCAAAUGUAUGUUGGUAUAAUAUAUUAUUGGGACUCUUUACAUAAUAUAUGUGAUUUAAUACUGU